AUGUCUCUGCCAGAAGUCCAAGAACCCCCAUACCCCCUGCAUGACUCCGUGAAGCAUCUACUGGAUCCCGAAUAUGUCGACUUUUACAACCAACACCUCAUCGACAAGCAGCAGGUCCACUUGCAACCGGUCGCUGCAUCGCGUACCAGCGGUGUGCUAAUACCGGGUGCAGGACCGAUGCUGCAAGUGGGCAAGACGCACGAUCUGCUGGUCCCCCGCCAGGCCACCCAAGGCCCUGCGGUGCCAAUCCGAGUCUUUACGCCCCCAGGCCAGGCCCCCCGCCAGCGGGUGGCCUGUGAUGUUAUACUUUCAUGGAGGUGGCUGGGUGUUGGGCAACAUCAACACGGAGAACGUGGUCUGCUCGAAUUUAUGUGUCCGAGGAAACUGCGUCGUGGUCACGGUGGAUUAUCGGUAAGAGUAUGCCUGGCCCCAACAAGCGGUGACACGGAGUUCCUAACAACAUUGUCAUCAUUCUUGGAUAGUCUAGCUCCAGAAGAUCCGUUCCCCGCUGCCGUCCAUGAUUGCUGGGAGGCCCUCCUCUGGCUGGUCCAGCAGGGGCCCUCGGCCAUCGCAAUUGACGCCUCGAAAAUGGCAACGGGCGGCUCCUCGGCCGGUGGAAAUCUCGCAGCCGUCAUGACCCACAAGGCUCUGACGCUUUCACCUCCUGUGCACUUCCAGGCCCAACUGCUCUCGGUCCCAGUCACCGAUAAUACGGCGACGAUGGCCAAUAAUGACUCUUAUCGUCGUUAUGAACGCGCGCCUGCUCUUCCUGCAGCGAAAAUGAUCUGGUACCGAAACCACUAUCUUCCUGAGGAGAAGGACCGUACCAAUCCCGAGGCUAGCCCGCUGUUUUACGAUGGGGACUGGUCCCAGCUUCCUCCUGCGUUAGUGAUGGUUGGCGAGUUGGAUGUGCUCCGACAAGAAGGCGAGCAGUAUGCCGAGAAGCUGACGAAAGCGGGAGUCUCGGUGAACCUACAAGUGAUGAAGGGAAUGCCGCAUCCCUUUUUGGCAAUGGACGGCGUGCUCAAGGAGGGGAAACGAUGCAUUACAUUGAUGUGUGAUGCGUUGCAAGAUGCUUUUUGGAAAUAG